AGCGGCCGUCCCCCUCCCCGUGGCAGGGGCCUUGGGGGGCACAGGCAGCAGGCGCCAUGGCCUCUGCGUACCGCACCGAGCACAUCGGCACCUAUGGCCAGGGGCACGGUGAGCCCCGCUUCGAGGGCGACCGGCGACACGGCCCCUUUGGGGCACGGGCAUGUGAGGCCUUCGGGUACUCAGGGUCCCCGGGCACCAUGUGCCCCUGCAGCCUGGGCACCUGGGUGCAUGCCCAGGGUGACACCUACCAGGUAGUGGCCGAUGUCAGCCAGUUCGAGCCCCCGGACAUCGUGGUGACCGCCUCCAACUGCCACAUCGCCAUCCAGGCUGAGAAGGUGGCUGAGGAUGGCACCGUCUGUGACACCUUCACUCACAAGUGCCAGCUGCCUGAGGACACGGAUCCACUGUCGGUGAGCUGUGCCCUCACCGAGGCCGGCACGCUGGUCAUCACUGCUCGCCGCCGCACUGGUGCCCGCCCUGGUGAGCUCCCGCAACCGCUGUACCGCAGCGAGGCCACGCUGUGAACUGGCACCUGGGAAAGAAAGGCUUCUUGCCCCAAGUGAUGCCAAACCCAGUGCCAUGGCAAGGCUCAGCCAAUGCCCGCUGGCUGUGCCCCCUCCCCACCUCCGGCCCCUUGGCACUCUGGCUCUGCUUAUAAA